CAGCAAAUGCAACCAUUUGUGUAUACUCGUCAACCCUCAAAUCUUUCCUGUCCACCGUUCUCUUUGUUAUUUUACUAUAUUUAGAAUUCGUUUCUUUUGAUAAUUGGCGUUUGGGGUUGGUUUGAUUUGCAGUAAUUCUCUAUCUUUUCUUCUCCUCCAAUUCCUCUUUUCGAAUUCUUUGGGAUCGGAAUGAGAGACUUGGGGGGCUCAAUGGUAGAAGAGGUUGAUGGCAUUAGGAGAUCCAAGUUCGGGAAAACUAUACAUUCGGAUCCAAACAUGUCCAUGGUUUCUCCUGUGGGUGAAGAUGAUUUAUGUCUUCGUCACAGCAGCGCAUCGACUAACGCUUCUGGCCCUUCCUUUUCCGAGCCGAGCAGGUCGAGCGGAGAAGGCUCGCCGAUGACGAUGUCGCCGUGGAACCAAACCUCUCAUUUCAACAAGUCUCUCUCCAUGCCUUUGGACGACGAAAAUGUUCCACCCAACAGUCUCAUCGGCUCUCUUACACGCGAAGAGGGCCAUAUUUAUUCCUUAGCAGCCUCGGAUGAUCUGCUUUACACCGGCUCCGAUAGCAAGAACAUUCGUGUGUGGAAGAAUCUUAAAGAGUUUACUGGUUUCAAAUCAAACAGUGGAUUGGUUAAGGCCAUUGUGAUUUCGGGGCAAAAGAUUUAUACGGGUCAUCAAGAUGGCAAGAUUCGGGUUUGGAAAGUCUCUGUUAAGAAACCAGGCAUUCAUAAACGAGCUGGAACUUUGCCAACCCUUAAAGAGAUCCUCAAAAGCUCAAUCAAACCAAGCAACUACAUUGAAGUGAAGCGUAAGCGCUCUUUAUGGAUCAGACACUCGGAUGCAUUAUCUUGUUUGAGCUUGAAUGAAGAACAAGGUCUUCUUUACUCAGCUUCAUGGGACAGAACGUUUAAAGUUUGGAGAACUUCGGAUUAUAAAUGCCUUGAAUCGGUUCAUGCACACGACGACGCUGUUAACUCGGUCGUUUCGAGCUCCGGAGAUAUGGUUUUCACGGGUUCAGCCGAUGGAACCGUUAAGGUGUGGAAAAGGGAAAGGGUAAAAAGAGGAACGAAGCACACGCUGAGCCAAACUCUUUUACAACAAGAAUGUGCAGUUACAGCGUUGGCAAUCAACAACCCUGCAUCGGUACUGUACUGCGGCUCCAGUGACGGCCUGGUUAACUUUUGGGAACUAGAAAAGGGUCUAGCCCACGGCGGGGUACUCAAAGGUCACAAACUGGCGGUUCUUUGCCUCGAGGUGGCUGGGAAUUUGGUGUUCGGCGGAUCAGCUGAUAAAACCAUAUGUGUUUGGCGUAGGGACAGCAACAUCCACACAUGCCUCACGGUGCUAACGGGGCACACGGGGCCGGUGAAGUGCUUGGCCGCCGAAAAGGACCAAGAAGUGAGGAAGGAGCAGCGGUGGAAACUGUACAGUGGGAGCCUCGACAAGUCCGUCAAAGUGUGGAGCGUUUCGGAGUAUGCUCAGAUAGGGUCGGUGCAGCAAAGCCAGCAGCAGCAGGUGGUGGGAUAUGAAAGGGAGUCUCCGCCUUCCGCUGAGAGCUACUCGUCGGGCAGAAACUAUGGGAGGUAUUGAAAACAGAUUCCAAAUGAAUUUCCGGUGAUUCUGAUAUGAAUUGCUACGUGUUCGUGAUUUGUAAUGAAAUUUGUCUUCGACACGUGUGGAAUGGAGGGAGGAAACCGGUUCGUUAUAGUUUAUGUUGUCGGGAUGAAAUCAGUUUGAGGGGUUUUCUCUGGGACCAUAUGUAAUAAAUAAAGGAUAAUUGUUGUGGACUUUGAUGAAAACUGCAUACAGAUUUCUUUAAUAAAAUUCACUCUCUUUUCUUACA